CUGAAGAACAGAAGACUGCUUUGUGUACUCCCCGCAGAAGUACAACAUGAUUCUUUCCACCUAUAAUACCAUCCAGUCGAUUUUCUGCUGCUGUUGCUGCUGUUCCGUGCAGAAGCGACACGUAAGAACACAAAUAAGCCUAAGCAAAGAUGAAGAAUUUUCAGAAAGAUACACUCAGCGUCGCAGGCUAUGGUUCAGCGAAUUGCCAAGUAAGAAGCGAUCCAACAGAGGCCACGUGCAGCCAUCAAAACGCAAGCCACUGCCUCCCCUCCCACCCUCUGAGGUUACUGAAGAGAAGAUCCAAGUAAAAGCACUGUAUGAUUUUGUGCCCAGAGAGCCGUGUGAUUUGGCACUAAAGCGAGCAGAGGAAUACGUGAUAUUGGAGAAGUAUAAUCCUCACUGGUGGAAGGCAAGAGACUGUUUAGGGAAUGAAGGCUUAAUCCCAAGCAACUAUGUGACUGAAAACAAACCAACCAAUUUAGAAAUAUAUGAGUGGUAUCAUAGAAACAUUACCAGAAAUCAGGCAGAACGCAUUUUGAGACAAGAGUCUAAAGAAGGGGCAUUUAUUGUCAGAGAUUCAAGACAUUUGGGAUCCUACACAAUUUCUGUGUUUAUAAGAGCCAGAAGAAAUAUGGAGGCUACCAUCAAACAUUAUCAGAUUAAAAAGAAUGACUUGGGACAGUGGUACGUGGCUGAAAGACACCUCUUUCAAUCAAUUCCCGAGUUGGUCUGGUAUCACCAACACAAUGCAGCAGGUCUCAUGACCCGUCUCCGCUACCCAGUUGGACUGAUGGGCAGCUGUUUGCCAGCCACGGCUGGUUUUAGCUAUGAAAAGUGGGAGAUAGAUCCCGCUGAGUUGGCGUUUGUGAAGGAGAUUGGAAGCGGGCAGUUUGGGGUCGUUCAUUUAGGGCAAUGGCGAGCACACAUCCAGGUAGCUAUCAAGGCCAUCAGCGAAGGCGCCAUGUCUGAAGAGGACUUCAUUGAAGAGGCUAAAGUGAUGACGAAGUUAUCGCAUUCGAGGCUCGUCCAGCUGUACGGAGUGUGCGUUCAGCAGAAGCCCCUGUACAUUGUGACCGAGUUCAUGGAGAACGGCUGCCUGCUGAGCUACCUCCGAGAGAGAAGGGGAGCGCUGCGGAAGGAAAUGCUACUGAGCAUGUGCGAGGACGUCUGUGAAGGAAUGGAGUACCUGGAGAGGAACUGCUUUAUUCAUAGGGAUUUAGCAGCAAGGAAUUGUUUGGUCAGUGCUGCAAGUAUUGUAAAAAUAUCGGACUUUGGAAUGACGAGGUACGUUUUGGAUGAUGAAUAUAUCAGUUCGUCUGGUGCCAAGUUCCCAGUCAAGUGGUCCCCUCCCGAAGUUUUCCAUUUCAACAAGUACAGCAGCAAAUCUGAUGUGUGGUCUUUUGGAGUUUUGAUGUGGGAAGUUUUUACGGAAGGAAAAAUGCCUUUUGAGAAUAAGUCAAAUUUGCAAGUCGUGGAAGCCAUUUCUAAAGGCUUCAGGCUGUACCGUCCUCAACUGGCACCAAUGUCCAUAUACGAAGUCAUGUACAGUUGCUGGCAUGAGAAGCCCAAAGGCCGCCCUACAUUCGCCGAGCUGCUGCAGGUUCUCACUGAGAUUGCAGAGACCUGGUGACCUGAAUGGAAGGCUAACCCAGAGGACCAUCUUGCCAAAUUAUCGCAAAAGGAAAUCCUGUUUGGAGUCACUGAAGGUGAACACCUUCCUUUAGAGCUGCUGACUCUUGGAAACGGUGUAAAGGUCACAGGCUUUUCAAACUUUAAAGUUUAAAACUACUCCGACAGUCAUGUUUUCUACAGGGAUGUCUUUGAAAGAAACUUUCCAACUCUCAUUCUUCUGUGUUGUUCUUCGUGCCCCAUAUGUGAAGAGGGGGAAACUGCCUCAUAGCAGUCUUCACAGUGGCUGCUCUUUAUGAGAAGAGCCCUGGGAACCCGUGAGAGGAAAGAAAUUCUCCCAACUCAUGGAAUGAAGGAGCCUCCCCUGCAGAAUUCAAUGCUUUUGAGCUAUACAGCUCUUUGUGGAAAGUGCACCUUUACAAGCCACAUGAAUGUGAACGUUCUUAAACUUUUAUAAUCUCCCCGAUGUUAUUUAAGGACUUGGUUUUGCACAUAUCUGAUUAUUUUGGAGACAGUUUCUUGUAUUUCAGUUUUAAACACUGUGAAGGCAAAGUUCUUUGAACGGGUCCCAGCGAUGUUUCUAUUUCCAGUAAUAUCCAUUGUCAGGGUCAAGUCAGAACCUGAAUUUCAGUUCUGCAGUUUCACACUUUGUCCAUGUGAAAUGGGGCAACUUAAGAAACCUCCUUUUAAAAUGUGUAAUAGAUCUAUUUUAUUUUCUUUUCCUUUUAGUGUAAAAGGAUGCUUAUUGCACAGGUGGGUAAAGAAA